UGUGAGCUCCAGUGAUGGCGGCUGCUCGUGUUUUCCAGAGAGUCUGAGAAAGUUCCAGAUUAAAGCUCCUCAGUGCUGAUUGGCGGAGUGAUGAGGCUGUGUUCAGACUAACUACACCGCUGUUCACCGACUCACUCACGAUGGCAGAAGGAAACAGACGUCACCCUCAGAAUUUGCAGGGAGUCCUGCGAUUGGCCGUGGAAGCCGGUUCUGCUUCUGAUGGCCCCACCCCAAAUGAGCCCAUGUCUCAAGAGAGGAUUGAGUUCCUGCGGGGAGCCCUGUCCGAGGUGUGUAAGGGUCAGCUGGAUGAGGUGGAGCAGAUGAAGCAGUGUGUGUCGGUGCUCCUGCAGGAUGAGGGAGAGGGACGAGAGGAUGAAGAGGACGAGGAUGAGAAAGAGGCAGCGCUGGAGAUGCUGUGUGACCUGUGUGACAACCUGGACAACGCAAGAGACCUGAUGAAGAUGGGCGGGCUGGAUGUGUGUGUGUCUCGGUGUGUGUGUCACACUGAGGCAGGUGUACGGUGGCGAGCGGCUGAGCUGUUAGCCUGCUGCGCUCAGAACAUGCCUGAGGUGCAGCUGUACUUGCUCCAGCAGGGGGUGCUACACACACUGCUGCAGCUCGCCGACCAUGACACACACCCCACUGUGCGCGUCAAAGCACUCUACGCUGUGUCCUGCCUUGUCCGGGAACAGGAUGUGGGCCUGCAUGACUUCCUGUCACAGGAUGGUUUCUCUGUGCUGAUGAGGGGGAUGCAGUCAGACUGCGAGAAACUGCGAACCAAAUCAGCCUUCCUACUGCUCAAUCUUCUGACCAGCCACCCCGAACACAGAGAGACAGUGUUGUGUAUGGGGAUGGUUCAGCAGUUAGUCGCAGUGCUGCGUACUCCACACUCCUCUGUACAUGAACACGUAUUUGGCGUCCUGUGCUGUCUGGUAGAGGACAGUGAGCGGGGUGUGUGUGACUGUAGAGAACCCUCUCUGGGUCUGGAGGAGCUGCUGAACCAGAGGAUACAGGACCUGCAGGGUCGAGAGGAGAGCCAGGAGGAGGUGGAGUUUUGCGAGCGAUUACGAGUGGCUUGUUUCCAAGCUCAGCCUCAGGAGGAUAACGCAAUGGAUCGCUGAGUUCUUAUUGGCCGGCAUUAAUCACUGCUGUGCAGCGAUUAGUCAGGGUGAAGGACGUUGUGUGUGGCCCCCCCCCCCCCCCCCCCCCCGACAGAAAAGAGACUGAGAAAAUCUUGCUUAGCUACUUACACACAAACACACAGUUGUCAUGUAUUGGUUUCUCACAUAGUUUGUAUUUUAUGAGAUCUGUUUUUUUGGAAAAAGAGAAUAUAAGGUUCAGAUUACACUUUUUCUCCUGUCUGUUGUUUUAUUGAUUUAAACACUGUACACUGUAAAUCCAGGAAGCCAGUUAAAAUGCUUCAGGACUCCUUGACUUUGUACACACACCCUGGUGUUUAUUUUAUUGGUUAUUCCUGUUCUGAUUAGUUUCAGAACAAUUCAAAAGAAAACAAGGACAAAAUCGAGUUUGAUGUGAUGUCACUGAGAAUUUAGGAAUGAAAUGACUGACUGAUUGUUUCUUCAGGUCGUAUUUGCAGUAGUUUGAUCAUAGCAACCUAAUAUUCUGUGUCACUAAAGACUGUGGUAGUGCUUGAGAGAGAAAUAUAAAGAGAUCCAGCAAGAAAAAUGACUGCAGGACUGAUGGCUUAUAAAGGAAGACGUGAGGCCAUGAAGUGUGUAAAGUGUCCAUCCUGUUACACACAAAUGUGUAUUUAUUAUGAUUAAAUGAGUAAAUGUAUCAGUGGACUUGG